GUCAAAGAUGUCUUUUCAAAUCAGAACGGUCUUCUCGAUCGUCCUCGUCCUGCUGGCGAUAUCCUUUUCGGAGGCCAGCCUACGUCGUCGCGAAGUUACCUCUGAAACUGCCAGCUCCGCGGAUAAGUUUAGCUCCAGAAUUAUUGGAGGAGAAGUGUCCGAUGUCCUGGCAGCUCCCUACCAAGUCUCGCUGCAAAACGGCUAUGGCAACCACUUUUGUGGCGGCGUCAUCAUCGCCGAUCAGUGGGUGGUGACCGCGGCCAGCUGCCUGGCUGGAUUGCGCAAGAGCAACGUGAAGGUGGUCACCACCACCUACAACAACUGGGGCUUGGCUGGCUGGGAGUACUCCGUGGAGGAGAUCGUCUUGCACUGCAACUUCGAUAAGCCGAUGUACCACAAUGACAUUGCCCUAAUCAAGACCCAUGCCCUCUUCGAUUACGACGAUGUGACGCAGAAUAUCACCAUCCCGCCCUUGCAGGAUUUAACCGAGGGUGAGACCCUGACCAUGUACGGAUAUGGAACCACCGAUGAUGGUGAGUUGUCGUGGGAGCUGCGCCAACUGGAUCUGACCUAUGUGGCGCCGGAGAAGUGCAACUCCACCUUCGGUGGCACUGCAGAUCUGGAUGUGGGUCAUCUGUGCGCUGUGGGAAAGGUGGGAGCCGGAGCCUGUCAUGGCGAUACCGGAGGACCCCUUGUGGACGGUCGAGGUCGUCUGGUGGGCGUUGGCAAUUGGGGCGUGCCCUGCGGCCACGGAUUCCCGGAUGUCUUUGCCCGCAUAAGCUUCUACUACGCCUGGAUUAUGUCCACGAUCAACGGUUGUGCUAUUUCCUAAUCAAUAAAGUUGGUUAAAACUU